AUGGACGCGAUCAAACAAACAGCCGAGAGCGUCGGAGACGUCAUUCACAACUCUUCCUUUCAAGCCAGCGGACAGCAGCCCAGUCAAAAUGCGCUCCCAAGCAAGAUGAAGGCCGGCAUCAUCGAGAAGUUCAACUCUUCCGUCGCAUUUCAAGAAGGGCGAGAAGUGCCUGGCGAUUUGAAAGGGCACGAUAUCCUGGUGCAGGUCAAAGCUGCGGGCAUGUGCCACACCGACUUGCAAGUCUUGCAGGGCGUCUAUGCCUCGCAAGGUUCGCACGAGGGCAUGAUUGGCUCUCACGAACCAGCAGGCGUCGUGGUCGCGCUCGGUCCCGAGGCAAUGUCCGCAGGCAAGGUCAAGGUUGGAAGUCGCGUAGGGAGCAUCAAUACUUUCGGCUUUUGCGGCAAGUGCAAGGCUUGCAAAGCCAAUGGACCUCAAUUGUGCGAAAAUGUCAAGGGUCUUUUGGGUCUCACGAUCGAUGGCGGAUUUGCGCAGUACGCCAAGAUGGACGCUAGAGUCGUCGGCUUGAUCCCAGAGAGCAUUCCCUUCGAUCAGGCAGCGCCACUGUUCUGCGCAGGCGCUACCAUCUACGGUGCUCUCAAGGCCGUAGGAAUCGAGAAGGGCAAGUGGCUCGCCAUCGUGGGUCUAGGUGGUCUUGGUCACCUGGGCGUUCAGUACGCCAAAGCGCUUGGCUUCAAAGUCGUCGCGCUGGACAAUCGUCAAGAAGCGCUUGAUCUGUUGAAAGAAGCGCCGGCCAAUCUGCGUCCGGAUCAGAGCUACCUGAUGCACGACGACGAGAAGAAGAAUGAGCAAAUCAUCCAGCAGCUCGGUUCAGGCUUCUACGACUCUGAUCCUGGAGUCGACAAGGCCAUCCUUUGCGCGGAAGCGAGACAUUUGCCUCGUGUGACGCAGCAAUUCUUGAGAAAAGGCGGCAUCAUUUGCGAUGUGGGACUACCUGCUGAUGGGCCUCUAGAAGUCGACGCUUUCGCACUCAGCUUCAAAGAGCAGACGAUCCGAGGACGAUUGAUCUGUACGCCCAAGGAAGCUCAAGAGGUGGUGGAUCUUCACGCACGAGAAGGUUGCAGGACCCACAUUGAGAAGGCGUACCCCAUCGAAGAGAUCAAGGACGUGUACAAGCACUACGAGUCCAAAGACCUCAAGGGUCGCAUCGUCGUGACGUUUGACUAG